UAGCAACUCCCUUCAAAAGGAAAAAAAUAACACAGAACUCCAUUAACCCAUCUUAUCCAUAAAUCUCUCCGCCCGCUCUAUAAACCCUAAUCCCCUUCCUCCGGCCUCGCCUUCCUUUCACUGCUUCCGGGUAACCUUCUAGCUCCUUCCCUCUCUGCUCUGGGUUUCCAAUAAGAUGGCUUCAACCUUCACCACCAUGUCCUCUGUUGGAUCCUUGGCCGCUCCUGCGAUGGAUAAGAGACUAGCUGCGUCUCCAUCGAACAAGCUGUCUUCACUUGCUUCAGUUUCUGGAAGCUCAUUCGGGAGAAGAAGGCAGAACGUUGUUUUGAGGAAUUCACGCUUGCCAAUGACUUGUAAGGCGGCCAAGGAGUUGCAUUUCAACAAAGAUGGCUCAGCGAUUAAGAAGCUGCAGACUGGUGUGAACAAGCUUGCCGACCUUGUUGGAGUAACACUGGGGCCUAAGGGCCGCAAUGUCGUUCUUGAAAGCAAGUAUGGAUCCCCGAAAAUCGUCAAUGAUGGUGUAACUGUUGCUAAGGAGGUUGAAUUGGAGGAUCCGGUUGAGAACAUUGGUGCCAAGUUGGUACGACAGGCUGCUGCCAAAACUAAUGACUUGGCUGGUGAUGGCACAACGACAUCGGUUGUCCUUGCACAAGGCCUUAUCGCUGAAGGCGUUAAGGUUGUAGCAGCUGGUGCAAACCCUGUUCUAAUUACUCGUGGCAUUGAGAAGACAACCAGGGCUCUUGUCAAAGAACUUAAGUCAAUUUCGAAAGAGGUUGAAGACAGUGAACUCGCUGAUGUUGCUGCAGUUAGUGCUGGAAACAAUUAUGAAAUAGGGAAUAUGAUUGCUGAAGCAAUGAGCAAAGUUGGUCGAAAGGGUGUUGUGACUUUGGAAGAGGGUAAAAGUGCAGAGAACAACCUUUACGUUGUGGAGGGAAUGCAGUUCGACCGUGGUUACAUCUCACCUUACUUCGUUACCGAUAGUGAGAAAAUGACGGUUGAAUUUGAUAACUGCAAGCUGCUUCUUGUUGAUAAAAAGAUAAGCAACGCAAGGGAUCUUGUUAGCGUCCUGGAAGAUGCAAUUAGAAGUGGAUUCCCCAUCGUGAUAGUUGCUGAAGAUAUUGAACAGGAAGCUCUUGCUACGCUUGUUGUGAACAAGCUUAGAGGGGCACUGAAGAUUGCUGCUCUGAAAGCUCCUGGGUUUGGAGAGAGGAAGAGUCAGUAUCUUGAUGACAUUGCUAUUCUUACAGGAGGAACUGUUAUCAGAGAGGAGGUGGGUCUAUCAUUGGACAAAGUUGGCAGGGAGGUGCUAGGAACUGCUUCGAAAAUCGUCCUAACUAAGGAUACUACGACAAUUGUUGGCGAUGGGAGUACCCAGGAAGCAGUAAACAAGAGAGUUGCACAAAUUAGAAACCUCAUUGAGGCUGCAGACCAAGAUUACGAGAGGGAGAAACUCAAUGAGAGAAUUGCAAAGCUGUCUGGUGGUGUUGCUGUGAUCCAGGUUGGGGCACAAACUGAGACGGAGCUGAAAGAGAAAAAAUUGAGAGUUGAAGAUGCUUUGAAUGCAACUAAGGCAGCAGUGGAGGAAGGUAUCGUAGUUGGUGGUGGUUGCACUUUGCUCAGACUAGCAUCAAAAGUAGAUGCUAUUAAGGACAGUCUCGAAAAUGACGAAGAAAAGGUUGGUGCUGAUAUUGUCAAGAGAGCUCUGAGUUAUCCGUUGAAACUAAUUGCCAAGAAUGCAGGAGUGAACGGCAGUGUAGUGAGUGAGAAGGUACUAUCGAGUGAUAAUCCUAAGUACGGGUACAACGCUGCAACCGGGAAGUAUGAGGAUCUAAUGGCGGCUGGAAUCAUUGAUCCAACCAAGGUGGUGAGGUGCUGCCUGGAGCAUGCCUCCUCCGUGGCAAAGACAUUUUUGAUGUCUGACUGUGUAGUGGUUGAGAUCAAGGAACCCGAGCCAGUGGUUGCCGGGAACCCCAUGGACAAUUCAGGAUAUGGAUAUUAAUGAGGAUAUAGAGGAAAAAGGAAGCAACAUGUAGAAGAAUAAAGAGGCAAUAUAUUUCAGGGGAGCCAUUGCAAGCAGAGAGAGUGAAGGAAUUUGGCGCUUCAACGCUUAUGAUAUUUGAUUGCGGUGAGUUUAGGGAGAGGGUAGAGCUUUUUGAUUGUGAAUGGAUGCAAGUUAUGUUGUAGGCUCUUCUGUAUGAACCAAAUUUCAGUCAUUGCAGUAAAUUUCCAUGCAUCCUUACAUACACAACAACCAUUGCCAUUAUUAGUUGGAAUGAACUGAUUUUUGUAGAACCAAAUUUCAGUCAAGCAGCAGGUUCCUGAGCCAGCUUUAGCCCAUGGCUACUACAUAUAGGUGAAAUGAUGGAAUUGGAUAUUGUUUCUAGUUUAUGGGUUCUCUUAAGAAUAUUAAGGAAAGAACAAAACAAAUCUGAAUAGGAAGGUGUCGAACUGAAUCAAUGUACGUCACAUUGGACUCUAGUAAUCAUUCAAAUUUGCAUUUCGCUCGAUACUAUUACGACCUAAUUUGAUUCUGGACCACAUUGAAUUAUGCCUACAGCCAAC